CAAACCAAAAUAUGGCGUCGUCCAUGACAGAUGCAGACGCAUUGGAGGUAUCACGAGGGAAACGCGCCGCUAUUUCAAUUGCUUUGGUAGCCGCAGUUUUGGGGGUGCCCCUGUGGUGGAAAACAACUGAGACAUACCGAGCCUCUUUGCCCUAUUCAGAGAUUAGUCGUUUGGACACCUUGCGGCUCCAGCUGACAGUUCCUAUAGAAGUUAUAUUUACCAAAGGAACACUAACUGUGGAACAGCAAAGAAAACUCCCUGUUUCUGACAUAAAGGAGAAGGAAACUGUGCUAAAUACGCAAACCAGCUUCAUCCGUCGCUAUGAGAUCAAAUAUCGAAAAGCAAGGACUGAGGAGGAGGAAGCUCUGAUGCUGAAAACUCUGCAAGAGGCAGAUGAAGCUCUCCAGCAACUGAGUAAAGGGACACAGGGCUCGUUGUCUCUGUAUAUCAUUCCUGAAACAUCUGCCAUCUUUUCUCAGGGUAAUCAAGUGUACAUUGGAAAGCACCGGAGGGUUCUUGUUCAGCAUGAUCUGGAUUCAUCUUCACGCACUGAUGAACUCCUCCGCACCCUCUACUAUAAAGUAGAUCGCAUUGCUCAGACAAUGUCACUUACUGAGGAGGCCAUCACAGCAGCAUUGUCUGAUAGGAUUCCCAUUGGCAGGUUUAGUAAAGAUGACUUUGAAAACAACAGAAGAGCCUUCAAGUCUAGUCCAGGCUAUGACAUCACUUUUAGUUUACUGAACCCUGACCCUAAAUCUCAUGAUCUGAAUUGGGAUAUACACUUUUCUGCAGAUCAUUAUAUCCAGCCAUUUUUGAACAAGCUAAGUCCAUUGGCCAACUUCUCUGUAGACUCCCAGAUGUUAUAUUACGCUGUACUUGGAGUUACACCUCGCUUUGAAAAAGCCACAUCCAGCUACAUCCUAAAUGCACACAAUCUGCCUCAUGUCAUUAACCCAGUUGAGGCAAGACUUGGUUCCAGUGCUGCCUCACUCUAUCCAGUGUUAAACUUUUUGCUGUACGUUCCAGAAUAUUCUCAUUCACCUCUUUACAUCCACGACAAAGAUGGGAGUAGAGUUCCCAGCAAUGCAUUUCACAGCCCACGCUGGGGAGGGAUCAUGGUCUAUAAUGUUGAUUAUGAAAAUCAACGAGAAAUUGAGUUCCCAUUACGUAUUGAUAUUGACAUGGUACGAGUGAUGGAAGUGUUUUUAACCCAGUUGCGGUUACUUUUGGGAAUUACAGAUGUGUCUGUACCAGGAAACUACAAGUUAGAGACCCCAGGGAAUGAGGGGCUAACAGACUGGGAAUUGGACACACUUCUUUGGACACGAGCUGUUGAAAACAUUGCUACAGUGACCACAACAUUGACUUCAUUGGCUCAGCUUUUGGAUCAGAUUGGGAACAUUGUUAUUAAUGAUAACGUGGCUUCUGAAGUAUAUCAUGCUGUUACUUCAGUUCAAAUGGCCUUGUCUGAGCUGGAAUCUGGAAGGCUGGAAUUUGCUUUUCAAGCUAGUAAAGAGGCCAUUUCGUCUUCUGAGAAGGCAUUUUUUGAUCCCUCUCUCCUCCAUCUUUUGUACUUUCCAGAUGAUCAGAAAUUUGCCAUUUAUAUCCCUUUGUUCUUGCCCAUGGCUGUACCUAUACUAAUGUCUCUUUUGAAGAUAGCCAAGGAUUACAAGGCAAGCAAAAAAGCUUCAAUCAAAGUGGACUGAGUUUCUUAAAAAAUAACUGGACUCCUAGAGAGAGAGGAACCUUGGUUGAAUUAUGUAUUUAUUGCCUAUACAUGCUACUGAUUUUAUAAACUUAAUGUACAUAUGAUUGUUUAUGCCACAUAAAAACAAUGAAACAGCUUUUUUGUUUGACUGGUAAUGGGCAAGCCUGCAAUAUAUAGAAAUAUCCACUAUGGUCUAGUUUCCAUUGACGUGGUAAAGUUUGGAAAUUGGUAACUUAAAAAAAUCUCUAUAGACUUUAAUGGAGAUAAAUGUUUUUAACACCAGUUUCCACAUUGUAACAAUGGAAACUAGGCCUACCUCUUCUAUUUCAAUGUUUUGCAAAUGCAUUUUCUAACUAGCUUGAUUUAAUUGUCAGCAAAUAUAGGCUCCUAGUGCAUGCAAUCAAUCUAUUUUUGAGGUUGUGCAGUGAAUUCUAAGUCCAUAUUAUUUAUAAAGAUGCUUAAAGGGGCAUUUAAGUCAUUUUUGUUGCAUCUAAAAACCAAUUUAAAUCUAUGAAAUUAUAGUUCUCUUCUUUUCAUGGUUGUAGAGUUGUCCUGUGUCCACUAUGAGCUGUGAAAGUUGUCUUUAUUACCUAAUGAACUAUUCAUCUCUGGGGUUCAGUUGUGUGACACAAGCAAUCAUUUUAUGUUCUGUUUAUACAACUUUAACUUAACCUUUUUUUUUCUUCCAAAAAACUAUUGCAAUGUUCAUUCUUGCUAUAUUGUAUAUUAUACUGUUUUUUUUUUUUUUUUAUUUAAUAUCUCUUAAGGCGACUUAAAAGGGACAUGAGAUCCAAAAUGUUUCUUUCAUGAUUCAGAUACAUCAUACAAUUUUAAACCACUUUCCAAUUUACUUCUAUUAUCUAAUCUGCUUCAUUCUCUUGGUAUCCUUUGUUGAAUCAGCAGCAAUGCACUACUGGUAACUAGCUGAAAGCCAAUCGCAAGAGGCAUAUAUGUGCAGCCACCAAUCAGCAAUUUUUCUGAGCCUACCGAGGUUUACUUUUCGACAAAGGAUACAAAGAGAACCGAAAAAUUAGUUAAUAGAAAUAAAUUGGAAAGUUAUUUAAAUUGACUUGCUCUAUAUGAAUAAUUAAAACAAAAUGGGUGUCAUGUCCCUUUUAAGCCUCUGCAAAUUACAUUUUUCUUUCUUUAAAUGUCCAGCUUGGGAUUUUAAAAUUGUCAAAGCCCCUUCUGUGAAGCCCAGUUAAAGGCAAGAAUCUCAGGGAAUUAUUCAUAGACAUUGACAACUGUAUUUCUAAAUUCAUUUGAGUAUCUAACAUAUAAAUGCCAGUGUAAGAAAAAAGAGAAUGAAACUCGUAAAUUAAUAUUGAUUUCCCAAACUACACAGCAAUAAACAUACAAAUACAACGGAUGUUAGAAAAAUUUAGUGUAUAGCAUGUAGCAUAUCUGGAAAGAGGUUGGCUGAAUAAAUCAAGGUUGUACAUAGAAUAAUUCUAGCUGUGAUAAAAUGUGACUGCAAUUUUUUUUUUUAUAAAAGAAAAAUAAAAAAGGUAUCUUUUU